AUGCAGAGCACUACGAGUAUGGACUCCGUCAGGUCAGGCCCAUUCGGUCAAUUAUUUCGACCGGAUAAUUUUGUUUUUGGACAAUCCGGUGCAGGCAAUAAUUGGGCCAAAGGAUAUUACACAGAAGGCGCUGAGCUGGUGGAUUCGGUACUCGAUGUAGUUAGGAAGGAAGCAGAGAGUUGCGACUGUCUACAAGGAUUCCAACUGACCCGUUUCGCCGGAGUGGAAAACGGCAAGACUUGUGUUGCUACACAAGCCAGGUAG